GUUGUGUGUAGUUGUGUAUUUGUGUUGCGCGUCCUGGGAGCGGCUCGGAAGUCCCACACCAGACGUGUUUGCGCGCAUGCGUAGCAAUGCGCACGCGCAGAAUCGCACUGUGCUGCGCAUGCGCAGUGCGUUGUUCGAGUGUCGGAAGUUUAGUAGCUUUAGCUCGACGCUAGCAUCGGAGACGCGGACCGAGCUCAUUAAACUUGGUUUUUAGGCAGAAAAAGGUUUUGCGGACGGAACCUCGAAGCCCCCAGAGAUCCCCCGAGGACCCCCGAUGGCUCUGGGCCGGUUUCCACUGUGUGGUUGAGGCGAACAGAAGCGUUAGCGGCGUCUGGAGAAGUUGUGAUUGUUUUUUUGGCGCUGAUGGAGGAGCUGCUGUAGCUAACGCUAAGCUAACGCUGAGCUAGCGCUGAGCUAACGCUAGCAGCUGGAACAAGUCGAACUGCUUCAUCUAAAGUUUGGACGCUUCGAAUCCAGCGCUGGGAAGGAGGCUCAGAACCUGUUAAUGUCUCCAGACCAGUUCCAGCAUGAACGUCCCUCUGGUUCUGAGGAUGGAAGCAGAGCUACUGGAGCCAGGAUCUAGGUAUCUGAUGGUGCUCUGAAGACGCCAUGGGUGGCUGUUUAAGCUGUCCAGAGAAAGAGUCCAUUCCAGAUAAUCAUCACAGCAAAUUCAAGGUGACCAAUGUGGACGACGAUGGGAACGAGCUGGGUUCAGGUCUGAUGGAACUGACCGAGGCCGAGCUGGUCCUCCACACCCAUCGCCGUGACGACGUCAGGUGGCCGUACCUGUGCCUGCGUCGUUAUGGUUACGACUCCAACCUGUUCUCUUUCGAGAGUGGCCGGCGUUGCCAGACGGGCCAAGGGAUCUUUGCCUUCAAGUGUUCUCGUGCUGAGGAGAUUUUCAACCUGCUGCAGGAGGUGAUGCACAGUCACAGCAUCAGUGUAGUGGAGGAGGCUGUGAUGGAGCCCAGUGGCCACCAGGGGGGGCUCACUCCUGCAGCUCUGGGCUACUCGGUGCCCACGGUUCCCAAUGGGACCAGGAUUCCUUCUGUGGGGGAGGCGCCGUCUCACCCCUCCACCCGUCACCCGUCUGUAGCCAGCACCCGACUCCCCUCUGUGGGGGAGGAGUCCACCCACCCUCUACUGGGGGCCGAUGAGGCGGUUCACACCUACGUCAACACUACCGGUCUCCUGGAGGACCAGCCCAGCCCCCUGACCGUCACCACCCCACUAGAGAGCCCCACAUCUCCCCAGUCCCAGUGCCCCCCCACACCCCCUCCUCCCCCCAGAGUCCGCUCCGAGCCUGUGGUCCAGUCCGGGGGGGCGGACCGGCCCGAGGCCCAGGUCCUGCUGGAGCCUCAGGGGGUGCGCUUCGUUCUGGGUCCGACCCCCGUUCAGAGGCAGCUGAUGGAGAAGAGGCAGCAGGAGCAGAAGGAGGCGCAGGAGGAGGAGAUCCCAGAGACUAACGGCCACGCUGAGGCCCCUGCCGAGGCCGAGCCAGCCCCCCCACACUCCAAUGGCUCCGCCUCCAGCCGCCGCCACCGCCCGCCCCCCCUCACCCCCGACCUGCAGAAUGUCAACAACUCGGCCCAGCGGCGCACCGCCCUGCUGGACUACGAGAACCUGCCGGCGCUGCCCCCGGUCUGGGAGGCCAGGAAGCCGAGCUCGGAGGAGGAGGAGAACCUGAGGACGCCGUCGCUCAACGGCUACAGCCACCACCCGCCCCCCCACGGCCUGCUGCACCACUCCUACUCGCACCCCCUGUCGGCCGCCCUCGAGUCCUCGCACAACUACGUGAACACGGAGAACGUGACGGCGCCGCUGAGCGCCCACCGCCCCGACACGGGCCGGCGCCGCCCCGACGGACCCAACAUCUUCAACUUCGACUUCCGCCGGCCGCCUCUGCCCGGCCACCCCGACCCCCCCAAGACCCUCAACUACAUCGAGGUGGAGAUGGACGGUGGCGCCGGGACCAAAGGCGCUUCGGACGGCAGCAACCCCCACACACCCCGGACCCCCACCUCCCCGCUGCCCCCCACCACCCCGACCCGGCGCACAGAGCUCUACGCCCUCAUCGACAUCGAGCGCACUGCCGCCAUGUCCAACCUGCAGAAGGCCCGGCCGCGGGACGACGGGACGUCCCGCAAGACGAGACACAACAGCACGGAGUUGCCCACUAAGAGCACGGCGUGACUGUUGUCACGGAGACGGACUCCGACCAAUGGGACGAGAGACAAUGACCUCCUGCGUGGUCGCCUGAGCCAGAACCUGGUCCUGAGGCAGGUUCUGGUUCUGACCGAGUCCUGGUUCUGGUACUGAUCAGUAUUACUGAAGCAUUCCAUUUAUCUUUUAUAUGAGUCACUAUGUGCUGCUGUAACAUGUCGACCCGGCACAAUAAAUGUAUUUCUACGACGCCUGAUCAAUA